AUGCCCUUCCUCGACCCAAAGAACGCACUCGCUCACCUCGAGUUGUACUCUCGCGGCGAUGGCCUCUCGGUCCGCGAGUUGAUGGACUCGCAGAAGCAGGGCGGUCUCACUUACAACGACUUCCUUGUUCUCCCCGGUCACAUCGACUUCCCCGCCUCGGCCGUCUCGCUCGAGUCGCGGGUGACCAAGAAGACGGUCAUCAAGACUCCGUUCCUCUCGUCCCCCAUGGACACCGUCACCGAGACCGACAUGGCCAUCGCCAUGGCUCUCCUCGGAGGGUUGGGUGUCAUCCACCACAACCUGCCGCCCCAGAUGCAGGCCGACAUGGUUCGCGCCGUCAAGAAGUUCGAGAACGGCUUCAUCACGGACCCGAUCUGCCUGACGCCGAAGAACACGGUCGCUGAUGUCUGGGCGAUCAAGGAGAAGCACGGAUUCUGCGGUAUCCCCAUCACCGACUCUGGCAAGCUCGGCGGCAAGCUCCUCGGCAUCGUCACCGGCCGCGACAUCCAGUUCCGCCCCAACUCGGCCUCGCUCGAGUCGGUCAUGACCCAGGGCGCCGACCUCGUCACCGGUCCGGCGGGCAUCACGCUCGAGCAGGCGAACGACAUCCUCCGCGACUCGAAGAAGGGCAAGCUCCCGCUCGUCGACAAGGAGGGCCGUCUCGUCGCGCUCCUCGCCCGCUCCGACUUGCUCAAGAACAAGGACUACCCUCUCGCGUCCAAGAAGCCCGACUCGAAGCAGCUCAUCUGCGCUGCGGCGAUCGGAACCCGCGCGCCGGACCGCGACCGCCUUCGCUUGCUCGUCGAGGCCGGACUGGACGUCGUCGUGCUCGACUCGUCGCAGGGCAACUCGGUCUACCAGAUCGAGAUGAUCCAGUGGAUCAAGCAAGAGUUCCCCGACCUCGAGGUCAUUGCCGGAAACGUCGUCACCCGCGAGCAGGCCGCGUCGCUCAUCCACGCCGGUGCGGACGGUCUCCGCGUCGGCAUGGGCUCGGGAUCGAUCUGCAUCACCCAGGAGGUCACGGCCGUCGGUCGACCGCAGGCCACCGCCGUCUUUGCCGUCGCCGAGUUUGCGCGCCAGUUUGGCGUCCCCGUCAUCGCCGACGGAGGCAUCUCGAACGUCGGACACAUCGCCAAGGCGCUCGCGCUCGGCGCGUCGGCGGUCAUGAUGGGCGGCUUGCUUGCCGGCACGACCGAGUCCCCCGGCGAGUACUUCUACAACGAGGGCAAGCGCCUCAAGAAGUACCGCGGUAUGGGCUCGAUCGACGCGAUGGACGCCGGAACGGUCAAGGACCACAAGAAGGCGGACGAGAUCGACAACGCCGCGACGUCGCGCUACUUCUCCGAAGGCGACGCGGUCCGUGUCGCGCAGGGUGUCGCCGGCGCAGUCCAGGACAAGGGCUCGCUGCGCAAGUUCAUCCCCUACCUCUUUGCCGGCCUCCAGCACUCGCUUCAGGACAUGGGCACUCGCUCGAUCGCCGAGAUGCAGGACGCCUCGUUCGACAACACCCUCCGCUUCGAGCUCCGCACCGCCUCGGCACAGCUCGAGGGCGGCGUCCACGGCCUGCACUCGUACGAGAAGCGCCUCUUCUCUUAA